UGACUUUCACUUUGAUUCCCGUUCUUUUCUUCCACCUCUCUGCAAUGAACUGAUUCUUUUAACAGACGAUUUGAGCUUUAAUGUCUUUUUUUCAUCGCUGACAUGACAUAAGCGGACAUGUCCCUCUGGCCGCGGACCAGUAGAGGUGUGGAUUUGAACUGGUUUCUGGCUGUGUGAAGAGACGGAGAAGGAAACAUGUGGCAGAGUGUGUGUGUCCUUGCAGCCCUGUUGGCUAUCGUGUCCUCACAGGCUGUCGCUGCAGAGAUGAAGCUUCAGAAGAAGGUUGGCGAUGACGUCGUCCUCAGUGCCGGCUCCGUGACUGGUCCCAUUAACCACAUCAAGUGGAAAGUUGGUCCGGACUUGGCCGUCCAGUGGGAAUCAACCGACUCAGACGUUACUUACUAUCGUCAUUUUAAAGAGCGCGCGAGCCUGAACACUUCGAGUGGAGCGAUGACAAUCAGGGGACUGACUCAAACCGACAGCAAUCUGUACACUCCGGAAAUCAAUGGCACCAUGGCCACUCCCACUCGCCUCACCGUCCUCGCUCCAGUCCCCGUUCCCACGGUAACUGCAUCCUGCAACGAAGACAAGAGCAGCUGCACUUUGACCUGCGAGGGAAACGUCAAAGACGUCGAACUCGUCAUCUACAACUGGAAGUCGGACGACGUCCCACUGCGGAAUUCUUCUAAAGAUCACCAUGUUGAAAAGGAGGAGAGUCUGAGUGUAAAGGAGUUCAGCUGCGAGCUGGAAAAUCCAGUCAGUCUUGAGAGCAGCGAACGCAUCGCCAACCCGUUCAUCACCGACACGACGCCUGAAAAGAAACUGAAUAUCAGCACUGGACUCAUGGUGUUCCUCUCUCUGCUGGGAGCUGUGGUGCUGCUGGCUGUCGUACACAGGUGGAGAGCAGGGAUGUGGUUCUUCCAGAAAGAAUCCAUGCCUUGGGAGGCAGAUUUCUGGAGCAAGCAUGAGAGAGGAUCUGAGCCUGCUGAGACUAAUGGAACCACGACCCGUCGAGAAAAGGGACAAGACGACGAGGAAACCCCGAUGACAUAAACGGACAAAUGGACAAAACGUGAAGAAAUAACGAUCCCAGAUUCGACUCAAAAGCCACAGAGAAGGUUUUACACUUGACGUAGAUCUCAGCUCCUCCUGAGGUUUCAGACAAAGCCAGGAAACUCAGCUUUCCUGUGACCGACAGCAAACCUGGCACCAACUGCUGCCCCCGACUCAUUAAACUGGCGGCUGAGUGUAGUUUCCAGUGUGGAUGUCACGCAGCCUCGUGGCGUUGGACCACAGCAGGACUUUCAAUAAGGUGGAAGAGGGACGCCAUUGUUCGUUUCAGGCCGACAGCAACAAUACAGGCUUUGUGCAGAACUUUUCCACCGACUCCUCUACUGCCAGUUUGCAAACUUGUAUAAACAUGUGAGAGUUUUAGCUUAAAGUCAAUCAGUUGUUGUUGUUUUUUGAGUGUAUGAUCUUUUUUAACUCUUCUAUUUAUUUGUCCUUUAAAUGUUACCUCUAUGUUUUGCUCUGAGUUCUGAAAGAUUGAUGUUUAAAUGUUUGGUUUUGCAGCUUUUAAACACAUAGUCAAACUAAAUUUAAAAAAGAGCAAAUUGAGAAUAAAAUUAAAAUGUCGAGAAUAAACGUGAAAAGAAAACCAUACAAAAUCUCCCCAUUUUCCACAUGUUGACUUUUCUUGAAAUGCAGAAGGAUAAAAAAAAAAACCUCUUCCUCUUUUCCUGCAUAAAUUAGAGCAGGUGACAGUUUUGGUUUUGCUCUGAGUCAUUUCCUUACUUUUUCCUUGUCGUUUUGAAAGCUGAGGAUAUUAAGUUUUUAAUUUAACCAACAAAAAGUACUUAUUCUAUUUACUUUUGGGAUAUUUUAAAAGGUUCGAGACAUUUCGAAACCAGAGGCACUGAGAUAUUUAAAGUCUAUCUGCUGAUGAUUUGCUGCAGUGUGAGAACAUGAAGAAGAAGAUAUGUACAAGUGUUCUUAUAAAGGUUGUAUUUAAUAAACCGACAGAAUAUCAAAUCACA